AUGGCCGCCCGACUAGAAAAGGACAAGGAGUUUCAUAUCUCAAUGAUGCUAGAAGGUUCCAUGGAGGACAAAGAAGCAACUUUUAAAUAUUUGCUAACUAGUGUUAAAGGCCCGGAGGGAAAUGCACCGGUCAAAUGGGAGCAUUGGAUGAGAAUGCCGGAGUGUGGCCAUCUAUUGGCGGAUACGUGGAAUUGUGUGGUACAUUUUUUUUGGAAGGGACUAUCUAUAGCAUUUGCACCAAAACAUGCGGUUUGCUUGGAGCAACUCAAGCAUAGAAGAAUUGUCAUGGCUUUGGUGGAUAAAAAUCAUUUUAUCGGUCUACAACUUAACAAGGAAUGUCCAUUACCUCCUCUUUGUAUGUUUAGUUUUUGGGAGAAGUUCAGAAACAAGAAGAGCAAGGAAUGGAUGAAACUUUAUGAGGACAACAUGGACCUUUGGAAUGUUUUAGAUGAGUCUAAGGAAUGUCACAUAGAUUUGACUAAAGGAGGUUUAAUAGAUUUGAAUGAAAUCCCUCCAAUAUAUUUGAGUGAUGAUUGA